AUGAACGUCCCCGCGGCCGGCGGAUGUUUUGUCACCUGCGGAGCUCCCGCGGCGACAAUGACGGGCCCGGGGCCAGCGGUGGCCCCCGGCAGCCCCCGGGCGCGGGGGGACAGCGGGGACGCCGCGGAGGUGGAGGUGGCACCAGCGAUGGCCCCCGGCGCUGGAGGGUGCGGAGGUUGCCCCAACUGCACCGGCGCCUCUGACCCGGGUUGUGGCCCCACCAUCGACGCCCCGAUGCCGUGGCCGCCCCCCCCGCGGCUGCCGGAGUCCCCCUUCCCCAGCCGGGCGCUGGCCGCGCUGGCCGCGGUGGCCGGGGGGCUGCUGGCCCCCAGUUGGUGGGCGCUGGACCGGCUGCUGGCCCUGCGCCCCACCACGGCGCAGGAGGCGCGGUGGCGGCACACCCGGGGCGGGCGGUUUUGGGGGGUGGGCGCGCGGGUGCUGGCGGGGCUGGCGCUGGUGCCGGCGCUGGUGCUGUCGCUGCCCCUGGGCGCGCUGGGGCUGCUGCUGUGGCUCCCGGCCCAGGCCGCCCGCCGGCCCCUGGUGCUCCAGCACGCGGCCGGCACCGCGCCCGCGCCGCCCUGGGACCCGCGGAGCCGCCGCUCCUUCACCUUCCUCAGCGCCAACCUGUGCCUGCUGCCCAGCGGCCUGGCCCGCUUCAGCAACCUGGGCAGCACGCGGCGACGUGCCCGGGGCAUCGCCCGGCUCCUCGCGCCCGGGGCGCCCACGGAACCUUCCGGAGACCGUGACGGGCUGCUGGGGCCGCGGCACGGGGAGGAGAGAGGCUACGGGGGCACGCUCGGCACGCCGUGGCCGCGGCACGGGCCCGGGACCGAGGCGGUGCCGGUGGAGGAUCCGGUGAUGGUGGCCCAUCCAGCGUUGGGGCUGGAGGUGCCGGAGGGCAAUCCGUCACCCGUGGCCAAUCCGGUGCCGAUGACCAACGCGAUGCCAUGGAUGGAGAUGUCGGUGGCCAACCCGUCACCGAUGGCCAACCCAUCAUCAAUGACCAACCCAUCACCGAUGGCCAACCCAUCACCAAUGGCCAAUCCAUCACUGGCGGACGACUCGAUGCCAACACUGGUGGUGCCGCUGUCCAGCCCAACACCGGGACCUGCCCCGCCCGCGGCGUCCACCCCGGUCCCGGGGACGCCGAUGUCGUCCCCGGCGCCGUCGGUGCUCUCGGACCACAUCCCUCCGGACACGGACUUCGUGUGCCUGCAGGAGGUGUUCGACGGCGCCGCGGCCGCGCUCCUGCGCCGGCGCCUGGGCCGCCGGUUCCCCUUCGUGCUGUGGGGGGUGGGCCCGGGGGGGCUGCGGCGGCGGCGGCUGCGGGUGCUGGGCAGCGGGCUCGUCCUGGGCAGCCGCUUCCCGCUGCUGGCCGCCCGCUUCCACCCCUUCCCCAACGCCGCCCGCGAGGACGCGCUGGCCAACAAGGGGCUGCUGGUGGCCCAGGUGCUGUUGGGGUCGGCGCGGGGUCGGCGCCUCGUGGGGUUCAUCGGCUGCACCCACCUGCAGGCACCGGCGUGUGACGCCACCGUCCGUGACCUGCAGCUGACCCUGCUGCUCCGCUGGCUCCGGGAGUUCCGGCAGGAGCAGGAGCAGCGCGGGGACCUCGUGGCCUUCGACGUCCUCUGCGGGGACCUCAACUUCGACAACUGCUCCCGGGGUGACGCACUGAACCAGCAGCACCGGCUCUUCCAGGAGUACCAGGACCCCUGUCGCCGGGGGCCGGGCCAGGACCAGCCCUGGGCCAUAGGGACGUUGCUCAACUACCUCAAGAUCUACGAGGAGCCCGUGUCCACCCCCGAGAAGAUGAAGAGGACGCUGUCCCACCCCUGGGGCCGGCAGCAGUUCCUGGCCGGGCCCAUCCUGUGUGACGGGCACCCCGACCCCGCGGCCCCCCGGCCCUGGCAGGGCCGGCGCGUGGAUUACGUGCUGCACCGCGGGCACCCGCCGCUGCCCACCGAGGUCACCGGGGUCUCGGUCAUCACCCAACUGGCCACGAGCUCCGACCACCUGCCCGUGGCUCUGCGGCUCCGGGUGGGACCCGCCGGGCCCUGAGCCUGGCACCGGCACCGGGGAAGGGUCGGUCCCCGUAUUGACCCAGUAUUGAUCCGGUAUUGACCCGAUAUUGGCCUGGUAUUGGCCCAGCAUCGAUCCGGGAUCAGUCCGGCAUUGAUCCGGCAUCAGUCCGGCAGGAGCCCACCCCUGACCCGGCAUCAGCCUGGGAUUGAUCCGGAGUCAGUCUGGGAUCAACCCGGCAUCGAUCCAUCGAUCCAUCGAUCCAUCGAUCCAUCGAUCCAUCAAUCCUCGACCCAGCAUUGAUCCGGUAUCAGUCCGGCAGGAGCCCACCCCUGACCCGGCAUCAGCCUGGGAUUGAUCCGGAGUUGUCAGUCUGGGAUCAACCCGGCAUCGAUCCAGCCUUGACCCGGUAUUGAUCCGGUAUCAGUCCAGUAUGGAUCCGGCAGGGAAUCAGAAUUGGUUCAGUAUUGGCUCAGUAUUGGUCUGGCAUUGAUCCGGUAUCAGUCCGGCAGGAGCCCCCCUGACCCGGCAUCAGCCUGGGAUUGAUCCGGAGUCAAUCUGGAUCAACCCGGCAUCGAUCCAGCAUGGAUCCAGUAUCAGUCCAGUAUGGAUCCGGCAGGGAAUCAGAAUUGGUUCAGUAUCGGCUCAGUAUUGGUCUGGCAUUGAUCCGGUAUCAGCCUGGCAUCAGUCUGGCAUCAACCCCACAUUGAUCUGAUAUUGCUGAGGCAUCGAUCCGAUAUUGCUGAGGCAUUGAUCCGAUAUUGAUGAGGCAUCGAUCUGAUAUUGCUGAGGCAUUGAUCCAGCCUCAGUCCCGCAUCGCUCUGCCAUCAGCUCAGAAUUGGUCCGGUAUCAACCCGGCAGCAGCCUGGCAUUGAUCCGGCAUCAGCCUGGCAUUGAUCCAGCAGCAGCCUGGCAUUGAUCCAGCAGCAGCCUGGUAUUGAUCCAGCAGCAGCCUGGCAUUGAUCCAGUAGCAGCCUGGCAUUGAUCCGGCAGCAGCCUGGCAUUGAUCCAGCAUCAGCCUGGUAUUGAUCCAGCAGCAGCCUGGUAUUGAUCCAGCAGCAGCCUGGCAUUGAUCCGGCAUCGAUCCACCAUCGAUUCAGCGUCAAUCCGGCUCCACUCCAGCAUCGAUCCCACAUCAAUCUGACAUCGAUCGGGCAUCGAUCCAGCCCCAGAUCACCAUCAUCCAGCAUCAUUCCAGCAUGGACACAGCUCCAGACCAGCAUCAUUCCAGCACGGAUCCAACAUGGAUCCAGCUCCAGACCAGCAUCAUUCCAGCACGGAUCCAGCAUGGAUCCAGCUCCAGACCAGCAUCAUUCCAGCACGGAUCCAGCAUCAUUCCAGCAUCAUUCCAGCAUGGACACAGCUCCAGACCAGCAUCAUUCCAGCACGGAUCCAACAUGGAUCCAGCUCCAGACCAGUAUCAUUCCAGUACGGAUCCAGCAUCACUCCAGCAUGGAUCCAGCCCCAGACCAGCAUCAUUCCAGUAUGGAUCCAGCAUGGAUCCAGCUCCAGACCAGCAUCAUUCCAGUAUGGAUCCAGCCCCAGACCAGCAUCAUUCCAGCACGGAUCCAGCAUGGAACCAGCAUCAUUCCAGCAUGGAUCCAGCAUCAUUCCAGCAUGGAUCCAACAUGAAACCAGCAUCAUUCCAGUACGGAUCCAACCCCAGACCAGCAUCGAUCCAGCAUUGAUCCAGCACGAAACCAGCACUGAUCCAACCCCAGACCAGCAUCAUUCCAGUAUGGAUCCAACAUGGAUCCAGCUCUAGACCAGCAUCAUUCCAGUAUGGAUCCAGCAUGAAACCAGUAUCAUUCCAGCAUGGAUCCAGCCCCAGACCAGCAUCAUUCCAGUAUGGAUCCAGCAUGAAACCAGCACUGAUCCAGCUCCAGAUCAGCAUCGAUCCAGCAUUGAUCAGGCAUCAGUCCCGGCCUCAGCCUGGCAUUGAUCCGGCCCCAGCCGGGCAUUGAUCCGGUAUCGAUCCGGUAUCGAUCCGGCCCCAGCCGGGCAUUGAUCCGGUAUCGAUCUGGUAUCGAUCCGGCCCCAGCCGGGCAUUGAUCCGGUAUCGAUCCGGUAUCGAUCCGGCCCCAGCCGGGCACUGCUCUGGCAUCGAUCCGGUAUCGAUCCGGCCCCAGCCUGGCAUCGAUCCGGUAUCGAUCUGGUAUUGAUCCGGCCCCAGCCUGGCAUUGAUCCGGUCUCGUUCCGUUGUCGGGGAUUAAACGGGGUUUGUCCGAAUCGGCUCUGGGUGAGUCUGUCCUGAAACGGAGCCCCUGGAAUUGAUCCGGGCAUUGAUCCGGGAUCGAUCGGGUAUCGGCUCGGGAUCAGUCCAGCAUUGAUCUGGGAUCGAUCGGGUAUCGGCUCAGGAUCAAUCCAGCAUUGAUCCAGCAUUGAUCUGGUAUCAGCUCAUCAAUCCAGCAUUGAUC